AGCAGAAGGACCCACGAAGACCUUCACCUCAGCUUUUGGUACCAUGAGGUCACUUCAGAUGCUGCUCCUGGCUGCUCUGCUUCUGGGGACUUUUCUGCAGCAUGCCAGAGCUGCUCGAGCCACCAAUGUAGGCCGAGAGUGCUGCCUGGAUUACUUCAAAGGGGCCAUUCCUAUCAGGAAGUUGGUGAGCUGGUAUAAGACCUCAGUGGAGUGUUCCAGGGAUGCCAUCGUGUUUGUGACUGUCCAGGGCAAGCUCAUCUGUGCAGACCCCAAAGACAAGCAUGUGAAGAAGGCCAUCAGAUUGAUGAAAAACCCAAGGCCGUGACCUUCCCGCUGAGGCAUUUGGAGAUGCCAGGGCUGCUGUCCAUGGUUUCAACAUAAAGCGGUCUGUGACCAGCAGAGCCCAAGAGCAGCCACAGAGCAGAAGUCCCUGUCCCCUUUUUAUGGACUCUUAUGCGCUACAGGCAAACACAAAAAAAAGCAAUGGAAUAAAGCCUUCCUCCCUCA